AUGUGGGAACAGGAGGAAUUUGCGAAACACUGGAGGAAUGAAUUUCCUGACGGCGACGUGCCCAGGAUGAAUCUGAACUCCGUGGAGGAUAUCGAGAGAGAACUGGAGAAAUGUAAAGCAAGCAUGAAGUUGCUCCAGCGAGCGCUGUCGGAGGAGAAGUUCAAGGUGAUUUACCUGCAGACCACCAUUGCGCAGAAGAAGAAGAGUUAUGACACAGAAAGGUGGGGGGGUAAGGAGGGCAAUCAACCGGAGGCCGACGUCGCUGCCCCGAAACCCGAUUCUGCAGAACCCCCCUCCGCGCACGAACGAUUCGUUAGAGAGAGCACACGGGUGCCCACCAGAAUCAAACUGCAUGGUAUUGGAAGUAAAGGCAGCGAGGAUUUGAUAAGCGUCGCGCCCAAUCCGCGAGACCUGACCCGGGGCAGUAAAACGGGCAAACCGAUACUCGCGCCUCCUCCCAAGAAGCCUGGCGCCGCGCAAGAGAGCUCGGCAGGUCCCGGCCUCCCGCGACUGGACGGCGGCGGCGGCGACCACCGGGUUGCGCGCAGGGAGGGCGCAAAGGAGCAGGACACGGCGGAGCACGACAGCGACCGAGAGUACGAGGACGUGGAGCUCAACGAGAGUUUCGUCCAGAGGAACCUGCUUAACCCCAGGGCGGCCGUGCGGGAAAACCGGAAGGUCAGCCUGGGCCGGGACGCGUUCCGACCUUUGCGCGGCAGCAGGGAUUUGGACUUCGUCGACGAUGGGAGGCUGUCCCCCUACACGGCGUACCGCUCCUCCGUCGGUUCGGGGCGCAGCACCCCUGACCGACGCAGCGACGGUUACCCGAGCUCCGACCAUGAGGACUCCUCUUCAGCAGACUUUAACUACAACACUGAUGGUUAUGAGGGCGACGGAGCAGAGGACAGGAAGUCUCAGGACGGCUCGGAGACCAUGCCCUUCAUCGACGAGUCGCCCACCAUGUCGCCGCAGCUGUGUGUGCGGCCCGACGGCGAGGCUGUCUCGCCCACACCUCCUGACUGCCUGCUGCCCGGGGUGGACAUGGAGAAAGGUCUGGAGAUGAAGAAGUUGGUUCUGUCUGGGUUUCUGGCCAGUGAGGAGAUCUACAUUAACCAGCUGGAGGCUUUACUGCUGCCCAUGCGGCCGCUGAAGGCGACGGCCACCACCUCCAAGCCUGUGCUCACCAUGGAGCAGAUCGAGACCAUCUUCUACAAGAUCCAGGACAUCUACGAGAUCCACAAGGAGUUCUACGACGCACUCUUCCCCAGCAUCCAGCAAUGGAACGACAGGGUCACUGUGGGGCACUUCUUCAAGAAGCUGGCCAGCCAGCUUGGUGUUUACAAAGCCUUUGUUGACAACUACAAAGUUGCCCUGGAGACAGCAGAGAAAUGCAGCCAGGCCAACUCCCAGUUUCAGAAGAUCUCUGAGAACGUUAAGGUCAAAGGACCAAAAGACUCUAAAGACUGCACGACUACUGUCACCAUGGAAGCUCUGCUGUACAAGCCCAUCGACCGGGUGACUCGCAGUACCCUUGUGCUACAUGACCUGCUGAAGCACACACCCAAAGAGCACCCGGACUUCGCCCUGUUGGAGGACGCCCUACGUAUCUCCCAGAACUUCCUCUCCAUCAUCAACGAGGAGUUUGACCCACGCAGGACUGCCGUCACCACGCCCAAGGGGGAGGUUCGUCAGUUAGUGAAAGAUGGCUUCCUCGUGGAAAUGUCGGAAGGGUCACGUAAACUGCGCCAUGUUUUCCUCUUCACUGACCUGCUGCUCUGUGCCAAGAUGAAGAAGACCGCAGUGGGGAGGAACCAGCAGUAUGAGUGCAAGUGGUACAUCCCACUGGCCGACCUCGCAUUCCAGGCGCUGGACGACUCGGACUCCUGCCCGCCCGUGCAGACGCUGCCCGAGCACGAGAUCGAAGAGAUGAAGAUCAAAAUCUCCGUCAUCAAGAGCGAGAUCCAGAAGGAGAAGAAGGCGCAGAAGGGCCAGAGCCGCAUUGUAGACCGCUUGAGGAAGAAGAUGAACGAACAGGAGUCGUGUCUGCUGCUAAACUCACCCACUAUUCCCUUCCGCAUCCACAACAGACACGGCAAGAGUUAUCUGUUUCUGCUCUCCUCGGACUAUGAGAGGUGUGAAUGGAGAGAAAGCAUUCAGAAGCUCCAGAAGAAAGAUCUCCAGUCAUGUGAGCUGAGCACCGUAGAGCUGCAGGUCCUCACCAGCUCCUGUUUCAAGCUGCGCACGGUCCACAACAUCCCCGUCACCACCAACAAAGAUGAUGAGGAACCUUCAGGCCUGUAUGGUUUCCUCCAUGUUAUCGUCCAUUCAGCCACCGGCUUCAAAGAGUCUGCCAAUCUCUACUGCACGCUGGAGGUGGACUCGUUCGGUUACUUUGUGAGCAAAGCCAAGACCCGCGUGUUCCGCGACACCACCGAGCCACACUGGAACGAGGAGUUUGAGAUUGAGCUGGAGGGCUCCCAGUGCCUGCGGAUCCUGUGCUAUGAGAAGUGCUACGACAAAUCCAAGCUCAACAAGGACGACAACGAGAUUGUGGACAAGAUCAUGGGCAAGGGCCAAGUGCAGCUGGACCCCCAGGCAGUGCAGUCCAAGAACUGGCACGUGGACGUGAUCGAAAUGAGUGGGAUCAAGGUGGAGUUCUCCAUGAAGUUCACCAGCCGGGACUUGAGUUUAAAAAGGACGCCUUCGAAGAAGCAGAGCGGAGUGUUUGGAGUCAAAAUCAGCGUGGUGACAAAACGCGAGCGCUCCAAGGUGCCUUACAUCGUGCGGCAGUGUAUCGAGGAGGUGGAGAAGAGGGGGAUCGAUGAGGUCGGCAUCUACCGCAUCUCAGGCGUGGCCACGGACAUCCAGGCCCUCAAAGCGGCGUUCGACACCAAUACCAAAGAUAUUUUGGUGAUGUUGAGUGACAUGGACAUCAAUGCCAUCGCUGGAACACUGAAGCUGUACUUCCGUGAGCUUCCGGAGCCCCUCCUCACAGACCGCCUCUACCCUGCCUUCAUGGAGGGCAUAUCUCUGUCCGACCCAGCUGCUAAGGAGAAUUGUAUGAUGCACCUGUUGCGCUCCUUGCCUGACCCUAACCUCAUCACCUUCCUCACCCUUCUGGAGCACCUGAAGAGGGUGGCGGAGAAGGAGCCCGUCAACAAGAUGUCCCUGCACAACCUGGCCACUGUGUUCGGCCCCACCCUGCUCCGACCAUCCGAGGCCGAAAGCAACAAGCCCCACGUCACCCUGGCCUCCGACAUCUGGUCGCACGACGUCAUGGCACAGGUACAGGUGCUGCUGUACUACCUGCAGCAUUCACCUAUCUCUUUCGCCGAGCUGAAGAGAAACACGCUGUAUUUCUCCACGGACGUCUAAGGCCGUCGGACACAGAGACGCCUGAGCACCGUUUCAUUCCCCCCAGCAAACGCCACAAUCUCUUUACUGUACAGAAGGAACCCACACCACAGCGCGCGGGGGGUGGGGGGGUGGGGGGGCGGCGCUGGAGACGAGCCCCGCCCCCUUCGGCCGCUAGCACGAACUCCACCUCCCCGCCCCUGGGAGUCGCCCGUCUCGUGUGGUCCUGAGCACGUGUGGAGAGGACAGCAGGAGAUGGGGAAGGAUGGCGGCUCGCGUGUUCUGUCCCCCACCUGUUCGGUGAACUCCCAUGUGAGGGAGGUCAGGAACAGGCCUCACCCACGGCCACGGGAGACCCACAGUGACAUACGCGUACAUCCCAUCUCUACUCAUCUGCUGUGUAUGUGUGAAUGCGUGCGUGCGUGUGUGUGUGUGUGUGUAAAACAGGACAUGUCUCUGGAGCUGAAAGCAAGGUAUUCUGGGAGGUCUAUGUUCAACAUGGUGGCUCCUUUAAGCCUUAGCUCUGUGUUGCCAGCGCAGGAGAGGCCCUGCAAGCUCUUUGUUCCCCCUUUGUUUGUUUAACCAGAGGCAUUCCAGAAAGCCAACAAGCACGACUGCAUUUGCAUUUCUCACAAAUAUUAAUUAAAUGCGCUUCUGUUUUUGGUUUUGUUCUUAGGCUUCUGUGCAUGCAUUGGCUGAAUGUGUGUGUGUGUGUGUGUGUGUGUGUGUGUUUGUCUGUGCGUAUGUGUGCGUGUGCGUGCGUGCGCGCGUGUGUGUGUGUGUGUAUGCGUGGUUAUUUGCAUUUUCAUAAAGCUGAGACCUGGAUGGGACCUCGGUACCCUGCUGGACAUGUUUAAUUCUCUGUGCAUCCCACAGGGAACAGCCAUCUCCUGCCUACCCUGCGGCCAAAAGCUUCUUAUUUAUUAGAAAUGACUAUAUGUGUGUCUGUACAGUCUGUUCUAAGUAGAGAAAAACUGCAGAGUCGGUUAUUUGAAGUUUUUUGGAUAGUAACUUCUUUUUCUGAUUUACUUUUUUUCUUUUUAUCUGCAAGUUUCCUGUUAACGGUCAGUGUUGGCUGAGCUGUACUGUACAAAAUUACAGAAGCAAAAGAAAAAUAAACUUUGACCGAUGAAAUCUAAGUUUUGGGGGAUCUGAUUCCACUUUUGUAAUGAAACAGGUCGUGGUAUGCAGUCUAGUGAGAUGACACUUUUGGAAAUAUGUGAGCUACAAGGAGACAUUUGGUCUGACUCGUGCAAGCCUGACGUGUCUGACGGCAACGCUUUGGCGUAACCUGUGGCAUAAUCUCUGUAGUUCCCUCUAUGCAUGUUCAGUUUGUUCCUCAGUAAGUGUGUGGGCACGACAAUGGUAAAUGCUCACUGCACUGUGCUUUUUAACCAGACUGCUUAACGUCAACAACCCCCAGAUCUUCUCUCUGCUCUCAAACCAGUGACAAAUCCCCAGUAAGCACUGUUAGCCCAUACUAUUUGUUAUUUUUUAAUAUAAUGUUCAAGGAAAAUAAAAAUUAUUGUUGUUAUCUUUUCUUGGAAAGCUAUUGAAUAUUACCGUAUUAACAAUAAGGGUAAAUGUUGAUGUGAACGUUUUUCCCGUUUUUUAGCAAAAUAAAAGUGUACAAGAUAA